AUGCCUAACCUCCCCUCCCCGCCCUCGCCCAUGUCUUCGGGCAAGAAGAGACCUCAUCCAUCCGGCGAGACGCCGCCCACCCAAUCCGACUCCACGAACGCUACGCGGGACAACCCCUCCACCUCAACCGCCGUGCCCUCCACAUCUCCCGCCCUGUCAACCGCACAUUCGACCGCUACCGUGGCCUCGACUGCCUCUUCCUCAUCCUUCCGUAAUGUCUCGGCGUGUAAUCGCUGCCGGCUGCGCAAGAAUCGCUGCGACCAGCGGCUUCCGCGGUGCCAGUCCUGCGAAAAAGCUGGAGUUCGCUGUGUCGGAUACGAUCCUAUCACCAAGCGGGAAAUCCCGCGCAGCUAUGUAUAUUUUCUAGAGACAAGGGUCGCCUAUCUGGAAAAACAACUGGCAGAUCAAAAUAUCGAGUUUAAAAAAGCUGUCGCUUUCGACGAAGAGGAAGCUGUCAAGACCGAGACCGAUGCCGAUACGGCGCAAACUGGUUCGGGCACCGAUGGCCCAGGUACCGAGGGCUCAGAUAAGACAUGGAAAGGCUCAGCGCUCAAGGAGGAGGCUGAAGGAACUGUACAGAGAGCAGAAGGAGAUCAGGGUCGAGAUACGGAUGGGAAUCGUGAUGCUGCGAAUGAAGAUAAUUGGCGUCUACACAAUUUGGUGUCAAAUAUUGGCAUGGUUUCUGUCCAGGGAACCUCCGAUCCUCGAUAUCUCGGCUCAACUUCGGGUAUCUCAUUUGCCCGAGUUGUCUUUGCUGCAGUACGGAGUUCGCUACCAGGAAAUGUACCUGAGCGCGCUCCGAUCCGUCCCAGCGAGCGACUGCCACAGACGGCAGCUGGCCCUGCUGGGGGUACCAUGCGCGAUUCAUUCUUCGGGCUCCAGACGAGGCCCAUGAUGAAGCGCGCUGCUUUCCCGGAUCGCGAGCUUGCGGAGCGUCUGGUGGAUCUCUACUUCGAACAUGCCAACCCUCAAAUGCCUAUCCUACAUCGCGGAGACUUUAUGGAGCUUCUCGAUCGCACUUAUAUUUUGGAGGAGAAAAACCGUUCUCCUCGAGCCCUCUAUAUCCUCAACAUUGUGUUUGCUAUUGGUGCAGGAAUUAUUUUUGAUGACAAGCCUCAGAGUUCGGAUGAUGAGGGGCACGCAGGCCGUGACCGAGCUUCAUCUACGACGAAGAGGUUACGGUUGUCGAAUCACCAGUAUCAGCCAGAGGAGUACCAUGCUUCUGCGAUCGUUCACUUGGAAUCUUUCCUCGGUUCCUCAUCCAGCGAAGGAUUCGGUGGGUUGGAAGAACUUCAGGCAGUGCUCCUGCUGGCCAGCUUUGCCUUGCUUCGUCCGGUCGCUCCCGGCCUGUGGUAUAUUGUCGGUGUUGCGAUGCGUUUGGCUGUUGACCUAGGUCUCCACUAUGAGGAUGGCGUUGGCUUGGGCACUCCGAAAGACGGGAACCAAGUCCAGCCUCGCAUUGAUGCCCGCGAGCGAGGACGCCGCGAAUGGGUGCGUGAUCUACGACGCCGUUUGUGGUGGUGUACGUACAGCUUCGACCGCCUGGUUGCCACAUGUGUUGGCCGACCAUUCGGCAUCAGUGACCAGGCUAUCAGCACGGAAUUCCCGUCCAUGAUGGACGACAAGUACAUCACCAAAUCCGGACUCUUGACGCCUCCCGAUGGUGCCCCAACAUACAAGCACGUCGCUUUCCACUACUUCAAACUACGCCUCCUCCAAUCCGAAAUUCACGAUGUUCUUCAAUACCAGCAAGCCCGUGCCGUACGAAGGCGGGCAUCUGAAAGCGCUACUAUCCUUCCCCACGCCGAGCUCACAUCACCCUUCCUCCAGGGCUUUGAUUCGUUCCGUUCAUGGCGUCAUGACGUACAUCGUCGUCUGGUCGAGUGGAAUGAGACCGCGCCAACCCGUCCUGAUACGGGUGUGCGCUUUUCUAUCGAACUUUUGGAGUUGAAUUACUGGCAAGCUAUCAUUCUGUUGUAUCAGCAGAGCUUAACGGUACCGGCGGAAUUGGCUUCAGAAUUGACGCCCGCGGAUGACGUGUCCAGUCCGUCUUUCUCUAAUCCUGAGGAAGGUGAUGACGAGGACCAUGUUUACUUGAAUGUGGCCGAGGCUGGUCAGAAAGUCAUUCGGAUUUACCGACAGUUGCACAGAGUGCGCUUAGUGAACUAUACUUAUCUUGCGACGCAUCAUAUCUUCAUGGCCGGAAUAUCCUUCUUGUAUGCUAUCUGGCACUCGCCAUUGGUCCGCAGUCGAUUGACACUGGAUGAGGUUGAUUUCACUGUGCUUGCUGCAACCUCUGUUCUUGGUGACUUGAUGCACAAGUGUCCUCCUGCGGAAAAUUGCCGGGAUGCAUUUGAGCGGAUGAGCAAGGCUACUGUGCAAAUGUGUUUGUCGACUACUGGAUUUGGGUCACAGGUUGAUAUGUCUAGAAUCCAAGCGGCGGCACACGGCGCGGGUAAUCUGUAUUCAGGCCGACGCCAGGCAAUGAACCAGCGACACCAAGGAGGCCAAGGGCAAGUCCGACGUUCGACUCAAUCUCGAACGGCACGACCAGUCCCCAAGUUCGACAUGAAUCUGGCCGAUCUGUUCAGUGACACCAACACGCCUCUGGCUGACAGGUCUCGAACCGACAGCAGACCUCCGGGUACCAACUACGCUGUCCGACCAGAGACUGCAGAAGCCGUUGCACCCGGUCUCACUCGGCCAUUCGCGCAGCGCACACCAUCCAUGGAGUACUACAUGAAAUACGAAGGUCAAACAUCUCCACAGACUCAAGCCCAUCCUCAGUUCUACUAUGGCAACUCUCCACCACAGAGUGGUUCGCCGGGUAGCGUUGCCCAUUCAGCUGGUGGACCCCAUGGUCUGCCACCCCCAGACGCAGAGAAUCAGCAAGGCAUCAGCUUAGAUUUCUUGGACUUUGCACCUGGCGAUCCCGAUAACCACGCCAUGGGGCAAGACCCUAAUGCCGAGUACAAUCUUGCAGGCAUGCCCACCCUCGGCCAGAAUGUGGGUAUUGACCUCGGAUUCGGCAUGGCCAUGGACUUCCAGCAUGAUUGGAGCGAGAAUCCCAACUAUGAUAUUCUCGAGGGAUACUUUUUCGGUGGUUCCGGAGCAGGCGCACCUGGCGGUGAUGCGUAA